UUUUUCUUCUAUUUUUUUUAUAUCCAAACAAAACCUAAAAUAAUACUAGAGAGCUAGUAACUUUUGUGAUUUAUAAUUAUCAAAUAGCCAUUAAUAAUAAUUUUAAUAGUAUAAAAUUAGUAUGAAAUUUUAUCUAAUAAUUUAUUUUUUUUUCUGAUUAUAUACUGACUAAAAUUUAAUAAAAUUCCAUUCCUUAAAUUUUUUUCGUAGGAUUAUUGUGUUAAAUAUUGAUGUGACAUAUUUUGUCAUAUUAGAAUGAUGAAUAAUAUAUAAUAUUCUGAACUUAAGAUAUUUUUUCGGGUUAAUAGUAUUAUUAUGAAUUCUGGAAACUUCUCGCUUAGACACAGGCCGAUAUUAAAGAGGCCCGAUACCAAAUGGGCCAAUUUAAAAAAAAAGCCGAAUAUGGAGCCCAUUGAAUCUGAGGAAUUGCGUUGACCGGCUCCGCACUUGAAUUAGAUGACAUCACAUCACACGACCAAAGAAAGAAUUAGAUGACGUCAGCACCACGUGUAACAGUUACAUUGCUAUAAUCCGAACAUGAAACUAGAUCAAUUGAACUAAGUAGAUAUGGGACAUCGAAGUGUUAUACUUGUAACAUUUUUGCUUCUGCAAACUCUCUCGGCUACAACUGAUUUCCUCUCUCCGAUCUAUGAGGAUGUGUGCAAAGGAGUUGAAUGUGGAAAGGGGGCCUGCAAGCCUUCUAAGAACAGCACUUUCUUAUAUGAAUGUGAGUGCAAUCCUGGUUGGAAGCAAUCUCUCUCUUCCCAUGCUCAGGUUUUCACCUUUCUUCCUUGCAUAGUACCCAAUUGUACCCUGAACUACUCUUGCAUGGAAGCCCCUGCCCCUGCUCCACACAAAGAAAGAAGAUCCAAUGAAUCAGUUUUUGAUGCUUGCUUUUGGGUUGAUUGUGGAGGUGGGUCAUGUAACAAGACAUCACCCUUCUCCUACAGUUGCCAUUGUGAUGCUGGAUAUUACAAUAUUCUCAAUGCCACUGCCUUCCCUUGUGUCAAACAAUGUGCUAUUGGCAUUGGUUGCUCUAACCUGGGAAUUUCAAUGACGAACUCAUCUACCACAGCACCGCCACCAACAUUGUCCGUGAGCGCUAGCUCAACUCUUCAAGGAAGCUGUAUUGGGUUGCUUAUGUUGAUAAUGUUCAUGGCUAGUAUACAAUUGCAUUAGGGCUUUUUGUCCUUGAUCUUAAGACUUAAGAGUCUCUCAUUCUAUUUUUGGUCCGUGAACCCUGCAUGUUACUGAUCACUGAAUAAUGCCACACAGAGUUCAAUCCCAUGAUUAUUGUAUGUUAUUGACACGGAAGCUAAGAUUAUAGGUUAUGGAAGUUGCAUCUUUCAUAUAAUUUUUGUCUUGUUAUUUCAUAGUAUUUACAAGAAAAAAUAUUAUUAUUUCAGACAGAUAUAUUCAG